AUGAGUUCUUCAUCAAGCUCUCGUGAACCUUCACCAUCUAUGAAACAAACUUUACCAAACGAUUAUGGAGCACCUAUUGAAUAUUUCUUACGAGCUGCACAAUGGCAAAGAGCAGUCUCACCAAGGUUAGGUGUUCCACCAGCUCCUGUCAAAAAUAGCAUUUGGUCAAGUCCUUAUAUAAGAUAUGGUCUCCCACUAGGUUUGCUAGCUACAGCAGGAGCAGUUAUGAUGUUGAAAAGAAACAAAGCAAAUGUUGUAA